AUUUCUCAUAUUGGAAAGCUGAAAGAAUUUCUUCUGCAACACAGAAAGGAUUACAUUAAUGCUUACAACCAUAUUAUGUCUGAGUAUGUGAGGAUGACAGAUACAGAGCGUGAUCAGAUAGAUCAAGAUGCUCAGAUAUUUAUGAGGACGUGUGCUGAUGCCAUUCAUCAACUGAGAACAGAAGCACACAAGGGUGUCCAGUCUGCUCAGGUAAAGGAGCACAGAACAGCUGUCUUGGACUUCAUUGAAGAUUACUUAAAAAGAGUGUGUAAGCUGUAUUCUGAACAAAGAGCCAUCCGAGUUAAGCGAGUGAUAGACAAGAAGAGACUGUCCAGACUUGAGCCUGAGCAGAGCAAUGUGUCCAAAUCACCUCUUUUCCCUGAAAAAUCUUCACAGAAUCCUUCAGAUGAUUCUGAAGAAAAACUUUCUGCUGAGGAAAGCAAAGACAGGAAUCUGCCUGAUGCCCAAAGCAACCUUGGAUUAUGGGGGGACAGCAAAGGUGAAGAUGAGCUGUCACCUGAAGAAAUACAAAUGUUUGAACAGGAGAACCAGAGACUCGUUGGUGAAAUGAAUAAUCUCUUUGAUGAAGUCAGACAAAUUGAAGGGAAAGUGGUGGAAAUCUCCAGAUUACAAGAGAUAUUUACUGAAAAAGUCUUGCAACAGGAAACUGAUAUUGACAAUAUCCAUCAAUUAGUUGUGGGUGCAACAGAGAAUAUCAAAGAAGGCAAUGAAGACAUAAGAGAGGCCAUCAAAAACAAUGCUGGAUUUAGAGUAUGGAUCCUGUUCUUCCUUGUGAUGUGUUCAUUUUCCUUGCUUUUCCUGGACUGGUAUGAUAACUAAUUAAAAACAGAAUAUUGUCUACAUGCUUUGUUUGUAA